GAAUAGUUUAGACGCGACUACGCGUUGUCUAGGUGCUUUAAGUAAUAAAUCGCAAUAGUUAUUUAAUAAGUUAUAAAAUUAAUGGUUCAAUUCAAUUGGCAGGAUAUCAAUUUCAAACAUCAUUCCGUGCGAAUGCUUCUUCACAAUUCUAGAUAAAUCUAGAUAAUUCAAAACUCAACAAGUGAUAUAUUAAUACGUGUCUGUAAAUUAAAUAAACCUUUAAUUUAAUAUUAGUUGUUUUGAAAGACUAAGUUUUUAAGUGAUUCAGUUGUGUUACUAAUGGUUUAAGUAGUAUCCCUCAAUUAUUGUGAAUAUUAAAAAAAUAUCUUAAAAACAUGGAAAUUCGUCAAAGAAAGUUAAAAGAUGAUGUCCCCUCAACCCAAACUCAUAUUCGAAGCAGAGGUAUAAAACAGCCAAGGCGUCUGAAGAAAGUAUUCAUUCUUUUGAUUGUUUUGGCACUAGUCAUAACAUAUUUAUUGGGUCUGUUCGCCGGCCAAUCACAAUGGCUCGAUAGCAUCGCCAAGACCCUCGGCUACCAGAGCGAGUACCAUUACGCUGUGAUAAUCGACGCUGGUUCGUCGGGAAGUCGGGUACUCGCUUAUAAAUUCAGAGUUCCUUUUACAGUAUUCAGUCAAGCCAACCUAGACUUAGUUCAAGAGCACUUUGAGCAGUCCAAACCUGGACUGUCAUCGUUUGCUGAUGAUCCAGCAAAGGGGGCAGAGACAAUAGUGCAAUUAAUAAAAAAGGCGGAAUACUUGAUACCGUUAGAGAAGAGGAAAUCGACCCCCCUCAUAGUACGAGCCACGGCCGGCCUGAGGCUGUUGCCCGCGGACCGCGCCGAGCAGCUCCUCGCACACGUCAAGAAGGCCAUUUCCGUUCUGGGCUACGACGUUGGUCCGAACAGCGUGGACAUCAUGGACGGCGCGGACGAGGGCAUCUACAUAUGGUACACGGUCAACUUGCUGCAUAAUCUUAUCGAGGGCGAGACGAUGGCAGCCCUGGACCUGGGCGGCGGCUCCACGCAGAUCACGUUCCAGCUGGCGGAGGGCGAGCGGGCGCGCUACCCGCCGCGCGACCUGCACGUGGUGCCCGCGGGCAGCAACAUCACGCUCUACACGCACAGCUACCUGGGUCUGGGGCUGCUGGCCGCUCGCUACGGGGUCCUGCUGCAGGAGGCCGGGGGCAACGACACGGGAGAGUUCAGCUCCGUCUGCGUGGAGCCCAUCAUCAAGGACGAGCCCUGGGUCUACGCCAACAAGCAGUACCGCGUUAGCGGAGCGCCCCGCAAGCCGGGCACGAAGCGCAAGGCGGCGUUCGAGGCGUGCCUGGAGGCGGUGAAGCAGUACCUGGACGGCGCGCUGGGCGGCGGCGGCGCGCCGGGCCCGCGCGGCAGCCUGGCCGCCAUGAGCUUCUUCUACGACGUCGCCGCCGACGCCGGGAUCAUUGACGUGGCGCGCGGCGGCACGGGCAGCGUGGCGCAGUACUCGCGCGCGGCGCAGCGGGCGUGCUCGGCGCACAACGUGGAGCAGCCCUGGGCGUGCCUGGACCUGGUGUACGUGCUGGCGCUGCUGCACCACGCCUACAGGGUGCCGACCGAACAGCCAGUAUAUCUGUUCAAGAAAGUUAAUGGUCACGAAGUAUCCUGGGCCCUCGGCUUGGCGUACUCCACGGUGAUGAACAGAAUAACUACAAAAUAACUUAGAUAUAUACAUGGUCACUGGGCAAAUAGGGAUUAACACCAAAAUAGUACAUGUUCAGUAUGAAAAGGUUAAUUAAAAAAAAAAAAAAAAAA